AUGCCCAUCUCAAAGCGGCAACCCCAGAAGGGCACUCUGCAAGCAAGCUCCACUAACGACCAGGGCUGGAAGAACAAACAGAACACCCAGCUUUACCCACUGACCGCAUGGUGCUAUAGCCCUCGACAAUACAUCAAGGCUCGCAAGACAUGGCAAACCUACCCAACAACCGGGACAUUAGGAACAAGUGGAAUUCAUGGGGUAAUAUCAAGGGACUCACCCCACACCUGGGCAUGGAACACAACCAGAUUACCUCAGGCUUUGCGCUGGGCUGGAGCUGAUG